GCUGACGAGCGCCGGGGCAGGAGCGCGUAGGCACGGUCAAAGGGUCAUCGAAAUCACGCUAGAACAACAGGCGAAAAUCCUGGCGAUGUAUGGUAAUUAUUUCACGAAGAGGGGUGAUCUGCCAGUCCAGAACUCAGUUCAGAAGCGAGAUGUCGACAUCUGUCCCCGGGUACAAUCUUGGGACGAUCUUAUACUGAGGCUAACAAACGACGAUGAGCUCAUACAAGUCGUACAAUUUGACAAUGAUAACAGGCAAUGGAUCCUGGAGGAGUCUUGCUCCCAGUCCACCUGUAGCUUCGUUCCGCAGUGCGCCUGCGGCACAUGGACCCGUCUGGUGAGGGCGCUCGUCGUCAACUUCGAUGAGACGAUCAUCGAAGAGAAAUACAUCAAGGUUUAUUGUUGCAUCGCAAAGAAAAUAUCAGUUUAGAAUUGAGAAAUAUUUUGAAAUGUGAAGCGUCUGCAGAGUAGAAUUCAUCAAUUAGGGAUGGCAAAUGCAAUUUCUGUUGAUAAUUAAUAAGUAACACCUUCUAAUUUGAAAGAAAGCUUUUAGUACAUCCAUUACUAACAAAACUGAGAAUUUAAAGGGGCAUUACGGCCAAAACUCACCGAAAUUUUCAUGUUUUGGAUUGUUUACUUAUCCUAUUUCAAAGGUCUGGUUGAAAGAACACUAACCUAAUGUCUUACCGUCCCGAAAAGACGGGGGAAACCCAGUUGUUGUUGUUGCAUAAGGAUACGUAUUUCAAGUCGUCUCUUUUCAAUGAACUGGACGAGUGUACACAUUUUUAUGGUUGUGUCACAUAAAUUACACACAGCACCAAUACACAAAUAUUGUUUCUUACACGUCCGCAGAAUGCGACCCACU